AUGUUUAGGAAUGAUUUUGCUUUAGAAGAACUUUUUAAUAUAUUAGACAAUGAGCCCGAAAUUAGCGAAGAAUUUGGUACUCCAGAUGUAUACAUUACGCCCUCUAAUCCGAGUAUACUUACUGACGAAGAUUCUGGUGAUGAGGAAGAAGGGGGAAUAUUAGAUAAUUUAUCCGGUCCCCAACUAGUUUCAACUGCAGAACUUAUAUUGGCUGAAAAAUCAGCUCGUAGAUCCAAACCAGGUGAAUGGGUAAAAGGAGAUCUUCAAUGCAAUAAUUUUAAACCAUUUCCUGCCACUGAUUAUUCAAAGUUUUCUUUAAACUCUUGUAUUGAACUUUUUGAACUAAUGUUUACUGAUGACAUUUUUGAAUAUUUGGUUUCUGAGUCAAACAAAUAUGCCAUGUUUUGCAAUAGUAAAGACCCUAAUAUCAAAGUAGAAGAAUUAAAAUGCUUUAUUUCCAUUCUCAUUUUAAUUGGUUAUAAUUCACUUCCGGAUAAAAUGUACAAACUUAGACCUUUAAUUGAAAAAUUAAAAGUGAACUUUCUCAAAAGCUUUCAACCUUAUCAAUAUUUAUYGUAUGAUGAAUCUAUGAUUAAAUACUACGGUAGACAUGGUCGUAAACAAUUUUUAAGGGGUAAGCCUAUUCGUUUCGGGUAUAAAGCAUGGUGUUUAACUACAGAUUUUGGAUAUUUUCUAAACUUUGAUAUAUAYCAAGGGAAAUCUCCGAAUUUAAACACAGCUUACGAAGAUGAAUAUGUUGACUUACGUGAACGUGGAUACGGAGGAACAGGAACAAUACGAGACAAUCGUAUUCCAAAAAGUUGUCCUAUUACAAACAAUAGUAUAUCUAAGAAACGAGGAGAGUAUAAAAGUACUAUUAGCCGAGAAGAUGGAUUGAUUGUCGUUCGUUGGGUUGAUAAUUCAGUUGUUUCAAUGUCAUCUAAUAUUCAUGGAACUGAACCCGUGUCAACAGUUAGACGAUUUUUCACAAGAACCAAACAAAUUUAUUCAAGUUCCACGGCCAGCAAUAAUUACUAA